AUGAAAAAAAUCGAAGUCUUAAUUAACUAAAACAAAUUCAAAAUUGAAUAUGAACCUAAGUCUUAAUCUUCUACUAUUAAUGACGUUAUUUAACAUGUAAAUUAAUUAAAAGGAUUUCCUAACAAAGCAAAAAUUGAUAUCACUAUUGAUAAUUCUAAAAGAGAUAGAAACUUCUUCAUUAAGGAUAUUUAAAAUCCUUUUAUUUACAUUAAUUUCUCUGAUGAAAUAGAAAAUUUUACUAUUUAACACCUUAGUAAAGAUGACAAACAUAAAAUCAUAUUAGACAAAGCUGAUGCAUGUUGGUAAUUAUCAGAAUUAGAGAAAUAAAUUGCAAAUUCAUUAAAUUGCAGUCUCUAUUCAAUAAAAAUUAUGAAAAAAAAUCAAUUUUUCGAUAGGAACUUAUUACUCUGUCAGAUUUUUAUUUAUUAAUAAGAAAUAUUUUAUUUGGUGUUAGUUAAAUUUUACAUUUAGUAUAAAGAUUAGUAAUUUUUAUUUUAAAUGGAUGCUUUCUCUCAUUUUGAUUAAAUUAAAUAAAAAGUGAGAUAAAAAUUUGGUAUAGAUGAAGAAAUAGAAUUAUAUUACAAAAAUACAAUAUUAUAAGAUUAAUAUACAUAUUUUUCCUAAAAAAUACCAUAGUGUGCUGAAUUGGAAUUAAAUAUUAAGAGUAAGUAAAAAUUAUAAAUCUGGUAUAAUGAUACUAUUUAUAAUUAUAUUGUUUCUGUUAGUAUAACUAUAAAGGAAUUGCUUGAAUAACUUUAAUAAAUUUAUUCAAUACAUGAGAACUAGAAGUUAUAAAUUAAAUUUAAUAAUAAGAUUUUGAACAAUAAUAUCAAAAUCGAAAAUUUGGAUUUCUCAUCAAUUUCUUUUGAAUCAUAAGAUAUAGAAUUAAUUUUAGAAGAUAAAAUAUAAGAGAAAUCUAUGUAAAUAAAAUUUGUAGAUAAAGUAAAGCAAUCCAAUUUUUUUUUAUAUAAUGUAUCAAAUUUAGAUUUAGUUUCUUCAAUUUAAAGAUUAAGCCCUUUUAUUGAGAAGAAAUAUGAAUUUUUUAUUAAUGACAAGAAACUCUAAUUCAGCGAUGAUUUAAUUUUUAACUAAAUUUAAUUUAAUAAUAAUAAUAAUUAAAUUUAAUAUUAGUUGAUGUAGAAUCAAUAAAUUAAUGUAAAUUUUAUAGAUGAAGAAAAUGAGAUUACUACAAUAUCAGUAAAUCCUCAAGAAAUCAUAGAUGAUGAAAUGAAGAAGAGAAAGUAUAUUGAAAAUGUUAGAAUAAAGGCUUAUAAAUAAGGUUAAUUAUUAGAUUUAAAUGGUACUUAUGAAUCAGAGAAUAUUAGAGAUGGUGAUACAAUUCGUUAUUAUUAAUCAGAAAUUUUGAUAUAAAUAAUGAUUAGAAUUAAAAAUUAAGAUGCUCCAUAAAUAAUUUUAAUAAGCAUAAAUUAUGCAUCUACAGUAAAAGAUUUAAUUUAGAAAAUAAGUUCUAUAUAUAAAAUAAAUUGUAAUUGCAAGAUUUUAUACAAUGAAUAAACUUUAAAUAACAAUGAUCGUCUAAAUGAAUUUCCUAAAGAUGCAAUAUUUAGAAUAAGUAAAGAGAUUACUCUUAAGUUUUAAUUAAUUUUGGAAAAUAACAUAGAGUAGUAAGAAACUUAAUUUUACGAAACAGAUAAAAUAUCAAUAAUAAAGAAUAAUUUUAUGGAUUUAUUUUGUGAUGAAGUUUCUAUUGUGGAUGAGAAUAAUAAAAAUUUAGAUGAUUGUGAAGAAAUUUCAAAAUACUAAACUAAAGUUCUAAAGAUUUCAAAAAAGAAUGUAGAUAUAAAAUAUAAAUUUUAAAAUACUUAACCUACAUAUGAAUUUAAAGAUGAUAAAAGACUAACUGUAAAAUAAAUGUUAGAAAAAAUAGCAAAUAGAAAAUCAAGGUGCUUUAUAGAUUUAAAUUGUUAAGAUGAAAAUACUUAAUUAAAAGAUUUAAAAUUAGAUUUAAAUACUAUAAUAAUAAUAGAAUGUUCAAAACGUGCACAAUUAAUUGAGUAAAAUAACAAUACAAAUAAGAUUGAAUUAACUUUUUAUCCUGAGGAAAUAAUUGAUAAUGUUAUUAAAUUUCAUAUAAAAGAGAAAAUUUAAUUAUUAUUUAAUAAUCAAGUUGUGAAUAUUUAAAAUUCAUUUAGAAAUGAAAAAAUAGAAAGCGAUGAUAUAUUGUAUUAUUCAAAAAUAAUGACAAUUUAGUUUAUUAAAUAUGAUACAAAAUAAUUUUUGCAUUCUGAAAUUUGCAAUUAGAAUGCUAAGAUUAGUGAAAUUAUUAAAUCGAAAAACUUUUAAAACUCAAGAGUUUAUUAUUAAAAUAAAGAAAUAAAUUAGGAUAGAACUUUAAUAGAAGAAGGAGUGAUAGACAAUUCAACUUUAGAGAUAGAAGAAACCUAGAAAAAUUUAAAAUUGCAUAUAGAUGGGAAUGUUAGUCAAAUUAGUGUUAAAAGUGAUAUGGAUAUCAAAACUUUAAAAUAGUAAUAGAAAUUAAUUAAUGAAUAUUAUUAGCUUUUUGAAAUAAAUAAUUAAAAUUAAGCUUUAUUAGAUAAUGUCUUAUUGAAGACUUUAAUAAAUCGAAAUAAUGAGAUAGAGUUAAUAUACAAAUAAAAUAAGAAUUUUUUAAAGAUUACAUUAUAUGAUGCUUAAGAUGAUAAAAAAUACACAGAAUAUGUAUUAUUGAAUUCUUAGGUGUAAACAUUUAUUUAAGAAUUUUAAAAUAAAUACAAUAUGAACAACAUAAUAAUAUUUUUGUAAGGAGAAGAAGUAAAUAAUGAAUUGUUUUUUUCAUAAAUACCCUUAGAUUAAAAUGAUGAAUUUGAGAUUGUGAAAUGA